AUGCACAGUAUCUAUACCAUCUCAGCCGCCGCCCUGCUAGGCUUCGCAGGAAUCUCGCAAGCCCAAACAAACAUCACAGCUCAUGCCUGUGCCUCGUCAGACGACUACACCACCUGCAACCGCAACGUCGCCAACAAAUGGGGCGACUGUGUUCGCGACUGCAGCGGGAAUGGCAAUUGCAUCGUUGACUGCGGAUGUACCGCCCACCAGGAGUAUAUCAAUUGUAUGGCGCAGUCAUGCUGGAACCAGGUCUACUCCUGCGAAUACCAACUCUUCGUCCAACAAUACUUCGCCGUCUGCCCCAGCGCUACCGAACCCAUCCCCUUCUGGCCAGCACCGAACAACGCACCAAACAGAUGCUCCUGCGACCUAGGUAAAGUCUUGCAGACAACCCUCUCCGCGCGCAAGGAGCAAAUCUCCUGCAUCCAGAACGUCACCGAUAAGACGCUGGACAAUAUUCCGAAUAAUAUCGGUGAUCUCUCGAAUUUGCCUAAUGGGGUUGAUAUCGCUAAGCAGGCGACUGAUUGCGCCUGCUGUGGUGCUAGUGCUGCUAUCUCUGCUUCAUGGCAAGUCUGCCCGCACACAAUCCCCACGCUCGCAGGCGCCGACCUCUGGCCAAUCUUCUUCCCCUCCGAUCUGCCCAACUUAUACACCUCAAUUCCAAAUUGGGCCUGGGACAGCUGCGACGAUACGCUCUCGUCGACAGAUUGUCGAAAUGCGGGGUUCUCAGACCCGGAUGAUAAGUUCUAUAAGCCGGGUGAUUUGCCCUCGAAUGGAUCACAGACGCUCUCGAAUGAAGGCGGGACGGUGACUGCGCCCCCCAGUGGUACGGUCCUUACUUGGUCCCAGUCGUCCACGACGUAUACUGUUACGGCUACCGGGUAUGAUCGGAAGGCGGUUGCGAGUCAGAGUGAGUAUCGGGCGACGGCGACAGGGACGGAUGUUUUUGCGACACAGACUUCUACUAACGCGGCGACCGGCUUGAGGGCUGGAUGGGUUUUGGGUGUUGUUGUUGUUGUUGCUGCAUUUAUGCUGUGA